AUGCGUAAGAGGAAAUCGGCCGAGACCCUAAUGGUGGGGCUAUCUACCCAGAGGAGAACGACUACACAGAACCAGCCGCCAACACCAAAACCUCUGAAGAAGCAACUGUCAAGGUCACGACAGCCCCCAGUUCCUGUAGUGAUUCAUGACCUGGAUGAAUGGGAAAUUCGUAGAGCUGGAGUCUCCUUUGAUCCCUAUAUGGCCUACGUUCAAACAGGGGAUCACCUCAUUGAAUGGAAAGAUGAAGAUCAUGAGUUCCUUGAGCUUCUUGAAAGACCAUUUAGGAAAUCAUUUGGUCUCAGUGAAGUUGAAGCAUCCGGUCAGAUUCCUCAAUCACAGAAGAUUGCUGACGGUGAAGGAAAAGUCGAUUCAAUUUCAAUUGCCAGCCAUCCAGCAUCAAGAGUUGCAGAUUACUAUGAUAGUGGAAAUGGCCCCUUUAACCACAAUGGUGUCAUUUUUUCAUCAGAGGUGGUUUCUCCUGGUAACAGAACCAUCUAUGGAGCAUGUAACUUCCCUGGGACCAACACACCUAAUGAAGAUGUUGUAGUUGUAGAUGCAAGUGAUGAUGAUCAUUUCACAGAGCAGUCCAUCAAGCUAGGCCGUAUACAACAUGUACUGGUGGCGUCGAUGAGACAAAACACGUGCGAUACAUUGUUGCAGAAGGUGCUGAGAAGCAUGCUUCUUGUCCAGAAGUUUACCAACGGGUUGAAACAAUUAUUGGGCAUCAUGGGACAUUUGGUGUGGAUUCUCCUAAUAUCGGUUUUGCAAACAUGGAUAAUGUGUUCGGAUUGUGCAGAGAUGAACAUUUUUUUUCCUGUGCUUGUUAGUACGGUGGGGAGAUUAGAUUUGGGUGAUACAUACUUCAAUGGUGUGUCGUUUCCGAGGGAUACAGAUCUGGCCAGUCAACCUACCGUCAGGGACAACGAUACAGAAAGGGACAGUAGUACAUAUGAUCAAUCUGGAUCAUCAACGAACCCUAGGGCUAAGAGUGCUGUUGCUUCACGUGAAUAUAAGGGUCCAGAAGAAGAAACGGACAUGUGGGAGGAUAAUGCCAAUCUAGAACUCCACAGCGACCCCAUGAAUGAUGAUGAAGCUGCUUUCCAUCAAGGUAGGUACACAGAUUUUAAGAGUACAGAUGGUGUUCCAGAGUUUCGGUUGCAUCAGAAAUUCGAUUCUAAGAAUGACUUUAAGAAUGCCGUCAAAACUUACUCCAUUUUGUCGGGUAGACCGGUGAGCAUGUACACAAAUGAAGGUGACUGUCUAAGGGCAACGUGCAAUGGAGGAUGCAAAUGGUUCGUAUAUCCGAAGAAGAUAAAUCAUGAUGUCUGUUGCAUUCUCAAGCAAGGGGGUGAAAUUAUCGACCAUGGUAGCCCGUACUACUCCAAGGAAGACAUGGUAAGACUGUAUGAGAAUGUGUUGUAUCCAAUUGACCAUAUGGAUCGAUGGCCAGUGACAAAGAAUGUCGAACUACAACCUUCACUUGACCGCAAUGCUUGGGGCAACCAUAAGAAAAAAAAAACUGAUGAAGAUACUCGGUUUUAUGAUGAUGGAACAGUGAGGGCGAAGAGACCUUUGACAAUGCAUUGUAGCAGAUGUGGAGCUGGAAAUCAUAAUGUGAGAAGAUGCACCGAUCCUGUAGUGGAUAAUGAUAGUGCUGCACAAGAAGGAAGGCGAAAUGGUACAUGUCGAAAUAUAAGAAGUAAUGGUACUGCAACACGACCGACAACUGCUACAAUCCCGAUAGGAGGUGCUGAAAUGGGUGGUAGUUCCGUACAACCACCUAAACAGGUAUGCAUGUAUAAGGAGAAAGGAACACAUGAUAAAAACAAAACUGUUGUAUGUGUUUGUUCUGCACCCACUGGAAAUCCAGAUAUGUGUGGUGAUCCGAACCACUCUGAACAAGAAGGUGCAGAUUUAGUCAAUACUACAAAGCAACCACCUGAAAUUGGUCGUACUGCAGCCCCAAAUGUGGAAGAACAAAGCCGCACCAUGCCGGUAUGUAAACCAUUCUCAUCUUUGUGGUUACGCGAUUUAUCCACUUCUUUACAAGUGCAUUAUCAGUCCAUAUAUGUAAUUGUGCAAGAAGAAUCAUGGGCCAACCACAGUGGAUGCAUUUUGUUAUAA